AUGAAAAGAAAGAUAGAAUCUAUAACGAAAAAUGAUGAUUCAUAUCCAUACGAAGAUAUUUAUGGAUACGGAAAGACGAACGGAACGUCAAUACCGAAAAAGGAUCCAUACAAAAAUGAUUUCCUCCUUCUGUCGAAGCACUAUCCAAUACUCAAGAAGCACAUGACACUAAACCUGAAAUGGAAGCCAAAAAUGCCAAAAUCAUCAAUGUAUCACUACGACUUUAACCACCAGGACUCAGUGUAUCAUUUGUCAAAGGCGAUUUUGAAGCACAACUAUAACAUGAAGUUGUACCUACCAUGUGAAUGUAGCAUAGAAGAGUCAUGUAACAUGGACAAAGAUCUGGAUGAAUACAAUCAACGUUUGAGAGAAUCGACAGCAAAUCUUGAGCUGAAUAGAUUUUUAGCUCCAUGUGUGCCAAACAGAGUAAGUUACAUAAGAGCAGUAUCAGGAUUAUUAUCAAUGGAAAGGAACAGUUCAGAGGCAUUGGAAAACAUAAAUGAGGAGUAUUCGUCGGAUAGAGUGUUAAAGGGGAGUCAAGUGGUGGUGCUGGACAUAGGAACUGGAGCAAGCUGCAUAUAUCCGCUGGUGGGAGUUGCGGAGAACUCAUGGAGCUUCAUAGGAACGGAUAUAGACAGUUUGGCGCUGGAGGUGGCGAAGAAAAAUAUAGACCUCAAUGGCCUGGAUGGACAGAUUAAGUUGAGACUCCAAAGCGUAGGAACGCUGAUGUUCCACAAAGUGCUCAACUCGAGAGACUUCGUGUCAUUAACAGUGUGCAAUCCACCCUUCCACUCGUCAAUGGAGAAGACUAACGUGAACCCGAGAACGUCGUCGACAGGAAGGGAAAGUGAGUUGGUGUUCUCAGUGCCACAAAACGCAGAACAAACAAUAGAGCAGUUGUACAUGGAUUCGCAGGAAAAUGAGACUGCGUCAGUGGAAGGUAGCUUGAAACACGUGUUUUCGGAGGAAGAACAGGGAGACGCAGCCUUCAUAGAAGUGAUGUUGAAGGAAAGCAAGUUUUACUGCCACAACGUGCUCUGGUUCACGUCACUCGUGGCGAAAUUAACGACGUUGAAGAAGAUUAAAGCACUUAUUCAGAAGGAAAUGAGAAUGUACAUGAUGGAUCACAAAGAACAGGAGCAGUUUCUAAGUACUAAAGUGGAAGGGUUGACAAACGAAAACAAAAGCAUCAAAUUUACACAACACACGGAUAAAAAAGUAGAAGUUUCACAAAUACACACCUGCGAAUUCAGAACGUUCACGAUUAAACUAGGAAAGCAGACGAGAUGGGCAGUAGCAUGGACGUACUACAACUCAGACCAGAGGAUGAAAAUAAUCCAAAAGCUCAACGACACACCAUCACAACAGGAAGAUAACCAGUAA